AGUUGACACACCGCUGUCUGCGGGAGGGAGAAGCGCUCCGGACUCGGAAGCGACUUGGUGGUGCGGAAAAGUUAGUUAACCAUACCCGAAUCGCUGGAGCGGCAACGGAAAAAAAAACAUAGCGCGAUGCCGCGCAUGAUUGCAACAGGCAUGGCUGGGACUCUCUUUGUUGCGGGCGGCAGUCGCUACAGCCAGGACCUCUCCCUCACAAUGACUAUACCAUAAAGCCCAAGGAUACCUGGAUUUGUUGAGUAUGACAAGAGAUGCGAUAGAUCCCUGUGGCUUGAACAUUUAACUCGCACGCAGCAAGAGUGCUGCCGAACAAAAGUGGAAGAACAGCUGAAAAUACGCUGGUGUGAAUUUUUUGGUGACAUUCAAACAAAAUUUAAUUACUUCCAUCACACGAUCAAGAAACCGAAAGUUCCGAUCGACUCAAGGUGCGCGGCCUUGGCCUGUUGCCUGGACAGCCUCAAGGGCGAUGGGUAAAGAAGCAAACGCUGGCUCGAGAACGGCGUCAGUUCAAGCAUGCCCUCUGACCUCGUGUUUUUCUCCAGCGCGGAGAACGAGACGAUGUCGCUGGGAGCCGUCUCCGUCGAAGACGUCGUGCUCGGUCCGCGAUACGCCAGUACGCUUCGAAUCAGCCUCAUCGGCGUCAUGCUCGUCCUGUCGCUCGUGGGCAACCUCUUGGUCUGCUACAGGCUCCUGACGUCACGUCGCCACCGGCUGCUCAAGGCGCAGGUGCUCUUCCUGAAUCUUGCCCUGGCCGACCUACUCGUCACGCUGAUCACCAUGAACUCGCAGCUAUUGUGGGAAAUUAUGGGCCGCGUGUGGAUCGCCGGUGACGCCCCCUGCCGUGUGUUCAAGGUACUGCAGACGUACGCGCUCGUCUCGUCCACGUACAUGUUGGUGGGCAUCGCUGUGGACCGCCAUUUUGCCAUCUGCAACCCUCUGGCUCCGGCGCCCAAGCCGCGCUCGGUGGCGGCGGCCUGCUGGCUGCUGUCUCUCGUUCCGUCCGUCCCUAACCUGUUCGUGUUUCGGCUCGUCGUGGUCCGGGACAAGUACUACUGUGCCUCGUUCUUCUACAUCUACCACGACUCGGCUGCGGCCCGACAAGCCUACAUGGCGUUUGUCUUCGCGUUCGUGUUCAUCCUACCAUUAGUGGCGCUUGUGGCUCUCUACACGAGCAUCCUGCUGCGCAUGUGGAAGAUCGACUCAGCUUCGUCCUCUCCGCGGCCGCCCGAGGCACUGGUCGGCGGUGCGUUUGACGGCAGCUGCUGCGUUGUAGACGGCGCCAGAAGCACGAUGCCGAAGGCACGCCUGCGGACGCUCAAGAUGGCUGUGGUGAUAUUCGUAGCGUUUCUGGUGACGAACCUUCCGUACAUGGUGCAGGAGAUGCUGCUGGCGUUCGCGGAAAAUGUUCAGCUCGGGCCAAACUUGGUCGCGGUAUUCGGCGUGAUAUCGGCGUUGAACAGCGCCGUCAACCCUUACGUCUAUCUGGCCUUCAACGGCGGUGCGGGAGUCGCGUGGUGCGACGCUCACGUGUGCGGUCUUUGGCGCCGACUGACGUGCUCUUCGACCUCGAAGCGGACGGUCACGGUGACGUACCGUGGUCCGUGGUCGGCGGGGCAGUCUCGCCGUCGGCGGCGACCUCUGACGGCAAAGGCGCCACCACCUGCUCCGGAAAUGUGCGAGAGUUGCGAGAGACAGCGGCAAAUUGAGGAGAAACACUGAGCGAGGCAUGUAGUGUUCGAACGCGGAAUUCUCUCACCUAAUUGCACCUUCCAAAUUAGGAGUGUCGCUUCCCUUUAGGCGAAAAAGCAGCGCAAUUAGCAAUAUGUACUUCGGUACGCUCGUUCUUAAGCGCCAAAACCAAAACUGCACUUACAGCUCACUAUAGCUUGUUCGGUGAAAGAAAACUGCGGAAUGCUUGAUCAGUUCGGGGCUAAAAUUGUAUUCUUAGUGGCUGUAACUGAGCCAAUCAAUGUGUGCCCAAGAAGUAGAAUCAGAAAUAUAAUUACCAACACUAAGUAUGACGUUCCAUUCUCAGAAGCCUGGUAAAGUUUUGUUGAUGGUGCAAACAGCUAUACCUUGAACUCGGCAUUAACAGAAUGCUGCUCGGCAGAAGUCAACGUCACAAAUCUUAAACAAACUAGAAACACGUACAGGCCUUCCGCUAGAGAUUUAUUGCAAUCUGUACGUUGCUUCGAGGGCCGAAAGCGCCUUAUGCAUACAGUCAGUUGCAGCUAAGCCCUUGAGGCGAAGCCCUUGAGGCGAACCAGCUCCCAGUUUCGUCGUGCGUUAAUGGAAAACGCCAAGCCUUCCAUAUUCAACACGCAGGUUGCUAAAAAAGGAAAUCAAUGGUAGCUGGUGCUCUGCUAUGUGUAAUAACCUGCGUCUUGUGAAAUAACACUACCCCGACGUCGCAAAAACAACACUGCGCUUCUCAAUUUCCUCUUGGCCACAUACACACAUACGCACACACACGCGCGCGUACACACACAAAAAAGAACUUUGGAAGUCGUUACCAGCCAUCUUAGUACUGUAGUUAUCUUGAUCUAUGGCUGCUAUACCACGCUUUUACUCCUGAUAACUGACUGGUCGAAGUCUGUAGAACGUGAGUGUACUUUGAAAGAGCACCGACGAUAGGCCUGUUGUAAACUCGUGACGAAAACCUAGUGCCUGUCUGAAAGCCAGGGCCUUGAUUGCCGAGGCACAAAACAGCAGUAAAGUCUAAACAGUAUUGUACCACUGUACCUAUUUUGAUAGCCUGUUUAUGAGCACGCCAUAAAAUGUAAAUCACGGUGGAGUAGGACAAAAGUAUGGCGCAGCUUGUAUCCUAGGUGCAUUAACAGCAGGAUGAAUUGUUGAGAACCUUUGUUUGGCACUCUUGGCCUCAGAGCCGCCAGAGCACCCUAAUGUAGAACGUAGAAUGUUGACUAGCUGUGCUGCAUAUAUUCUUGUAAAAAUCAAUGUGUAAUGACAGUUUGUAUAUAGAACAGACUAACUACAACACAGGCACACAUCGUAGUUCACAGUUACGUUCACGGCGUUAAUUCUCAGACCUGUAAAAAAAUAUUUUCAUGCCUGUAUAACUCUGUCUCCUCCAAUUGUAACUAAGACUUAAAGAGCUAAGCUUCACUUAGGAGCCUAAUAGAGAAAGAGAGAGAGAGACGUAAACGGCUGGGAAACAAAAAUAAGAGUAACUAGAGCUGUUCGAAUACUUCACGCUCUGAGCUCCGGUCGUUUAAUUCUCCCUGGAAUCGAACUACUCAAUCCCUACGAAUAAUUGCUGCA